AUGGAGGCAACCGCUGGAAUGGUUGCUGGAUCACACAAACGGAACGAGCUUGUUCGGAUUCGCCACGAUUCUACCGAUAGUGGGUCUAAGCCUUUGAAGAAUUUAAAUGGCCAAAUCUGUCAAAUAUGUGGUGAUACUGUUGGCCUAACUGCCACUGGUGAUGUCUUUGUUGCCUGCAAUGAGUGUGCCUUCCCGGUUUGUCGUCCGUGUUACGAGUAUGAAAGGAAGGAUGGGAACCAGUCUUGUCCCCAGUGCAAGACAAGAUACAAGAGGCACAGAGGGAGUCCUCGAGUAGAGGGGGACGAUGAGGAGGAUGAUAUUGAUGAUAUAGAUAAUGAAUUCAAUUAUAAUAGCCAGGGAAAUACCAAGGCAAAGCGGCAGUGGGAAGAAGAUGCUGACCUUUCUUCGUCAUCUAGACGUGAUCCUCAACAACCGAUUCCACUUCUCACGAAUGGACAGCCGAUGUCGGGUGAGAUUCCUACUCCUGAUACUCAAUCUGUGCGAACUACAUCGGGUCCUUUGGGUCCAUCUGACAAGGUUCACUCACUUGCCUAUACUGAUCCACGGCAACCAGUUCCUGUAAGAACUGUUGAUCCAACCAAGGACUUAAAUUCUUAUGGCCUGGGGAAUGUUGACUGGAAAGAAAGGGUUGAAGGUUGGAAACUCAAGCAGGAGAAAAAUAUGGUGCAAAUGACUGGUAGAUACAAUGAAGGGAAAGGAGGUGACAUCGAAGGAACUGGUUCUAAUGGGGAAGAACUUCAAAUGGUUGAUGAUGCUAGACAGCCGUUGAGUCGUGUGGUGCCUAUUCCUUCAUCUCAGCUGACCCCUUAUCGUGUCGUUAUUAUACUCCGGCUGAUUAUUCUCGGGUUCUUCUUACAAUACCGUGUAACUCAUCCUGUGAAUGAUGCAUACCCACUAUGGUUGACUUCAGUUAUUUGUGAGAUUUGGUUUGCCUUAUCCUGGCUCUUGGAUCAGUUUCCAAAAUGGUUUCCCAUUAACCGUGAGACAUAUCUUGAAAGGCUUGCAUUAAGGUAUGACCGUGAUGGAGAACCGUCACAAUUGGCCCCUGUUGAUGUUUUUGUCAGUACAGUGGAUCCACUCAAAGAGCCUCCGCUUGUAACUGCAAACACUGUUUUGUCCAUUCUUUCUGUUGAUUACCCUGUAGACAAGGUUUCCUGCUACGUAUCAGACGAUGGUUCAGCUAUGUUAACUUUUGAAGCCCUAUCGGAAACAGCUGAGUUUGCAAAGAAGUGGGUGCCCUUCUGCAAAAAGCACAGUAUUGAGCCAAGAGCCCCUGAGUUUUAUUUUCAACAGAAGAUUGAUUACUUGAAGGACAAGAUUCAACCUUCUUUUGUAAAGGAGAGACGAGCAAUGAAGAGAGAAUAUGAAGAAUUCAAAGUGAGGAUCAAUGCCCUUGUAGCUAAAGCUCAAAAGAUGCCAGAAGAAGGAUGGACAAUGCAAGAUGGAACUCCUUGGCCUGGAAAUAAUCCCAGGGAUCAUCCUGGAAUGAUUCAAGUAUUUCUAGGUCAUAGUGGUGGUCUCGACACAGAUGGAAAUGAGCUACCUAGACUUGUAUAUGUUUCUCGUGAGAAGCGACCUGGCUUCCAGCAUCACAAAAAGGCCGGAGCUAUGAAUGCCUUGAUUCGAGUUUCUGCUGUGUUGACCAAUGGUGCAUAUCUUCUGAAUGUCGAUUGUGAUCACUACUUCAAUAAUAGCAAAGCUCUUAAGGAAGCCAUGUGCUUCAUGAUGGAUCCUGCUUUUGGAAAGAAAACAUGCUAUGUACAAUUUCCUCAGAGGUUCGAUGGCAUUGACUUGCACGAUCGAUAUGCCAAUCGCAAUAUUGUGUUCUUUGAUAUCAACUUGAAGGGUCUGGAUGGUAUUCAAGGCCCAGUCUAUGUCGGAACUGGUUGCUGUUUCAAUAGGCAGGCUCUGUAUGGUUAUGAUCCUGUGUUGACCGAGGAAGAUUUGGAGCCUAACAUUAUUGUGAAGAGUUGUUGGGGUUCUAGGAAGAAGGGAUCGGGUGGCCACAAAAGAUUCAAUGACAAGAAGAGGGGUGUUAAAAGAACUGAAUCCACUGUUCCCAUCUUUAAUAUGGAAGACAUAGAAGAGGGUGUUGAAGGGUAUGAUGAUGAGAGGUCACUUCUUAUGUCACAAAAGAGCUUAGAGAAACGAUUUGGUCAGUCUCCAGUUUUUAUUGCAGCCACCUACAUGGAACAGGGUGGCAUUCCUCCAUCGACCAACCCUGCAACUCUUCUUAAGGAAGCAAUCCAUGUUAUCAGCUGUGGUUAUGAAGACAAAACAGAAUGGGGCAAAGAGAUUGGAUGGAUCUAUGGUUCUGUGACUGAAGAUAUUUUGACCGGGUUUAAGAUGCAUGCACGUGGUUGGAUUUCCAUUUAUUGCAUGCCACCUCGCCCGGCAUUCAAGGGUUCAGCUCCUAUCAAUCUUUCUGAUCGUCUUAACCAGGUGCUUCGGUGGGCCUUGGGUUCAAUUGAGAUCUUUCUAAGUAGGCAUUGUCCCUUGUGGUAUGGGUACAAUGGGAGGUUGAGGCCUCUUCAGAGAUUUGCUUAUAUUAACACUAUCGUCUACCCUCUUACCUCAAUUCCACUGCUUGCAUACUGUACCCUUCCAGCAUUUUGUCUUCUCACCAAUAAAUUUAUUAUUCCUGAGAUAAGCAACUUCGCCAGCAUGUGGUUUAUCCUCCUUUUUGUCUCCAUUUUCGCCACUUCAAUCCUCGAGCUUAGGUGGAGUGGGGUCAGCAUAGAAGACUGGUGGAGGAAUGAACAGUUCUGGGUCAUCGGUGGCACAUCCGCACAUCUUUUCGCUGUGUUCCAAGGUCUUCUCAAGGUGCUCGCCGGGAUUGACACAAACUUCACUGUCACGUCAAAGGCCUCGGACGACGACGGGGAGUUUGCCGAGCUUUACGUGUUCAAAUGGACGUCUCUCCUCAUCCCACCGACAACAGUGCUCAUUGUGAAUUUAGUAGGGAUUGUUGCCGGCGUGUCGUACGCCAUAAACAGUGGCUACCAAUCUUGGGGUCCAUUGUUUGGAAAACUCUUCUUUGCCAUUUGGGUCAUUGCACAUCUAUAUCCAUUCUUGAAGGGUCUUUUGGGAAGGCAAAACAGAACACCAACCAUUGUUAUUGUUUGGUCUAUUCUUCUUGCUUCUAUAUUCUCGUUGCUUUGGGUCAGAAUUGACCCUUUCACCAAUGGGUCCAACAAAUCGUCCUCUGGUCAAUGUGGCAUAGACUGUUAAGGUUAAAUUUUGGGGAUUAUUUUUUGUAUAAUGUAUUAAGGUUCACCCCCUUUUGAUCUCCUCGUGUUUGGAGAAACUCUAGAGUUCCAAGUGUUUGUAUAUAUUGCAAGAACAUAAGUCCAUUUAAGGUUGUCUUGGAGGGUUGUCCCCUUCAUGUAUCGUUCGUUUAUUUUUUUAAACCUUAUUUGGUCCUUGUAAGAAUAGGUUAUGUUAAGAUGUACUUGUGUCAUGUACUUUGAACACAUAAUAUAAAUUAUAUUUAUGCAAGUAAUUGAAUUCAAA